CCGAGCUGGCAGCUUCCUGGUUUCUGCUGUGCCUGACCCCAGUUGCCUGGAGUAGCUCCCUGGAGUAUGGGGGAAGGGGUUUCAAGCCUUGCUCAGUGCUGUGUGGGCCUCACCAUGGGGUGACCAUGGGACAUGAGGAAUCAUCUGGGCCUUCAGCCAGCUGAGCCAUUGGGGAAGGAGGUGGUGACCUGUGUGGGGCGCUUGCUGGCUCCUGCACUAGUGGGGGGAGGUUGUUUGUGUAGCAUUCCGGAAGGGAUCAGCCAUGUGCGUUCUGCUCACUCCCCCACUGGUUCCCUGGGCUGCCUAGAGAGCAGUGCCAGGUGAAGGGGCGUCUGCCCAGGGCUUAUGUUGUUUCACAAGCCAGUGAUGCUGCUUUCUAAGGAGGGUUGUGGGCAUGAAAGGUCUAGUCCUGAGCUUUGUGGGGCCAGAUGCAGAGUCGCUCAGGUGCAGCCUGCUCUGCCCCCUUUGCUGAGUGCUCUGUCUCCCCAGAUCCUGCAGGCAGACGGUGGGAAUUACUGUGCUUGUGUGAACGCGGCCACGCUGGCCACCAUAGACGCAGGCAUCCCCAUGCGAGACUAUGUGUGCGCCAGCUCUGCCGGCUUCAUCGAGGACACGCCCCUGGCUGACCUCAACUACGUGGAGGAGGCAGCUGGGGGCCCCCAAGUGGCUCUGGCCCUGCUGCCUAAGUCGGACCAGAUCGCCCUGCUGGAGAUGAACUCGCGGCUGCACGAGGACCACCUGGAACAGGUCAUCGAGGCUGCCAGCAAGGCCUGCAAGGAUGUCUAUGCUGUGCUGGACCAGGUGGUGCGUGAGCACGUGCACGAGGUCACCACGCUGCUGGGGGAGUGAGCGCACAGGCCUGUGUGCCUAGAACCAGUGCUGCACGUGACUGUGGGUGGGGACAGGGAGCGCUGCCGUGGCCGCCGCAGGGAUCGAUUCAGCCAAAGCCCAUGCCAACACUGCCCCUUUGUCCAGCUGCUUUGUUCUCCGAUGUGCACACUGGGCCCAGGUUGAGCGCCUCUGCUGGGCGCUAAUAUCACAUUGGUACAUGUGAAUGCCCCGCGGCGUCUGUCAAGCCUGGUGUUCCUCGCUGGGUGAUGGGCCCUGACAUGGCUUCCUGGAUCUGUAGCCAUGGCUGCUGACUCCUGGGCUGUUGGCCUCUCCCAUUCUCCUAGGCGCUGCGAGAGGCUGGGGCGCGUGGG